GUUGAACGGUAGUUGAUUGGAGUCGCUGUUGAGUGACGGGUAAGAACGCACGCGGAGCGAUCACGAGUACAGAACUGCUGCCUUACUAUUUUGCAUAAGACACGUUUUUGGAAAAUCAACUAUCGUUUUUCAACCCGGAAUACGAGUACAGACAUUAAGUUUGAGAUUACAGGCGACCCGCAGUGAAAAUGCAAUUGUACUGGGUGCUUCUACUUGGUGCGAUCGUUCCGUGGAGUGGAAACCAUGCACUGCCGGUCCGCGAACAGGAAGGCAGUGGAAGCGAAUACAACGACGAUUUGCUUGAAGGGGACAUUAAAGGAUUCGCCAACAGUUUCGAUGUAGCGCGCAAUGGACGAGUCGACGAUAACUAUUUAUGGAAAUACCGCACCAUCCCUUAUGUAAUCAGUGAUGAUUUCGAUUUAGAAGAGCGGUAUAAGAUUGAAGAGGGAAUUGCCGAAUAUCACAGGAAGACCUGCAUUCGGCUUGUUCCCUUGCCCGAUUUGCCUGAUCGACCUGCAUGGAUGGAUGAUUACAUUUACAUUACGCGGGAAAAUUCCGGAUGCUGGUCAUACGUUGGCCGCCUUGGACGAGGAGCACAGCAACUCAAUCUUCAAUCACCAGGGUGUAUGUCACGCGGUACCAUUCUUCACGAGAUUUUGCAUGCCGUUGGAUUCUGGCACGAGCAAAGCCGACCAGAUCGUGAUCGCUUCGUAACAAUCAACGAAGACAACGUUGAAGACGGUAAAAUGAACAAUUUUGUCGUUCAUGGGUGGGAAGAUGCAACUAUUCUGGACCAACCGUAUGAUGUGGAAUCAGUUAUGCAUUACAGUGCCUAUGCAUUCGCUAAGGACAAAAACGUCAUGACCAUUAUUCCGAAAGGAGGACCGAAAGUAGUCUUGGGACAGCGCAUCGAUUUCUCCAAGAUUGACAUUACUAAGAUUAAUCGCCUGUACGGUUGCACUUGAUAGAGGAACGUAUAAUUACGUUGGUACACAAAAACAAAGAGAAACCAACGAUGUUUUAACAAGUGAAUAAGUAAAAUGUAAUGGUUCCGAAAAAUGUUGCAGUAUUACGGUAUAAUUACUGUAUCGAAUACCGGCAAACAAUGAAUACAGAACGGAGAUUAUUAAACUGGCUGCAUUGAAAA